AUGAAGAGAAGUAUCUGUCGCCGCAACCCGGGAGCAUGGUUGGGCAGUGACCACCUGGGCCGCGACGAACUCAGUCGGAUUAUCGCCGGCUCGCAGAUUUCCAUAUACGUCGGCCUGCUCAGCGUGGGUAUCGGCGUAACCCUGGGCGCUCUGGUCGGUAUCCUCAGCGCCUACGUGGGGGGUGUGGUUGACCUCGCCAUCCAACGGAUUGUGGAUGCCAUGAUGGCGUUUCCGCCCAUCAUCCUCGCCCUGGGGUUGGUGGCCGUCUUGGGCGGCUCCGCCAACAACGUCAUCGUGGCCCUGCUGGUUAUCCUUUUGCCUGGCACCAUCAGAGUAAUCCGGUCCCAGGUGUUGAGUAUCAAGGAGUUGGACUACACCCUGGCGGCCACCGCCAUCGGCGCCGGCUCAAUCCGCAUCAUGCUGCGCCACAUCCUGCCCAACGUGUUAGCCAGCUACAUCGUGCUCGGCACCAUCACCCUGGGCUUCGCCAUCAUCAUCGAGGCGUCGCUGUCCUUCCUGGGCGUCGGCGUCCCGCCAGACAUCCCCACCUGGGGCGGCAUGCUCACCCGUGGCACCGAGGAAAUCCGUAUCGCCUGGUGGCUGGCCGUGUUCCCCGGCGUCGCCAUAUCCGUGGUGGUCUUCGCCAUCAACUUCCUGGGCGACGCCCUGCGCGACGCCCUCGACCCCAGGCUGCGGGGACGGUAG